GGCUUUUAUUUAGUUUCGGCUCGUGCGGUGCAAGGAAAUUCUUCUAGUCAUCAUCAGCCACCAAAACUGGCUUCUCAAUUAGGGCUCUUGGUCAAUCCUUAAAAGUUCUAUUGAUUUUCAUCGACUACACUUUUUUGGCGAAUUUAUGUGAUUGAAGUGGAAUCUAAGAUUGAGGUUCUUUGUGGUCUUCGGUUCUCGAUACAUCAUCAUAAGGUAUUGAGAAUUCACUCAUAGCUUCUGAAUUUCGCGGUGUCGUGUUUCUGUCUCAUCAUCGGGGUUUUGAUAAAGAUGUCUCAGUCCAAAGUAGCUAUGAAAAAAGAUUCGAUGAGGAAGAAUAAGAAAUUGGUUAUAAAUAUUGCUCUAGAUAAAGAAGUUCUUGCUUCGAGAGUGGAAGCUGAUCAUGAUCUUGGUUCUGUAAGAGAUGAGAAAGAGAGGCUUGAAUCAUCAGAGAGACGAAGAGAGGUUUGUUCCAAAGCUGAAGAUAUUGUUGAUAAGGCCAUUGAUAAUCAUUCUAGGGUUAGAGGAGAUGGGAUUAUGCGGGAAGCUGAUGUCGGGACAGGGUUAUCGGGCGCGUUAAACCGUCUUAGAGAGCAAGGAACUUUCAAGGAGGAAGGCAAGGUUGUUGGUGUUAAGGACAAUAAUCAUGAAGAUGACAGAUUCAAAGAUAGAUUUAAGGAUAUACAGAUUCAGAGGGUGAACAAGUGGGGAAGGAUAAUGACUGAGAAAGAAGCGUAUCGGUCACUGUGUCAUGGAUUCCAUGGGAAGGGACCUGGGAAGAAGAAGCAAGAGAAACAGAGGAAGAAGCAUGAAGAUAAGUCAAAACAGAUGGAAUCUUCAGAGAGAUCUGUGGAAAGAAUAAGAGAAAUUCAUGCCAUAUCCAAGACUCCUUACAUUGUUCUCUAGUCAUAAACUUCUCUUUGAUUACGAUAAUCUCAAAGACAUUUAAUUAAGAACUUCAUAAAUUUGGUAUUUUGCUUUG